AUGCAGCCUGACUUCGAGUGCGACGUGGCUCUCCUCCAGCUCUCCAGUGCAGUCAAUCGCAAACACCAGGCCAUGCAGUUCUUCUUUGCCAUCAGCGCGCUCCUCAGCGCCGCGCCUCUGCUUACCCAGGCCCUCCCGGCCCCGGCUCCCGUGCCCACGCCGCCUGGUAUUCCGGCCCUCUCGACCGCUCGUACCCAGCUCAGCGGCCUGACCGUUGCUGCGAAGGGUUCUUCCUCCGGCUACAGCCGCGAUGAAUUCAACCACUGGAUCACCAUCUCGGGCACCUGCAACACGCGCGAGACCGUGCUGAAGCGUGACGGAACCAGCGUCGUCACCAGCACCGCUUGCGCCGCUACCAGCGGUACCUGGUACAGUCCGUAUGACGGCGCGACGUGGACUGCCGCUUCUGAUGUCGACAUUGACCACAUGGUGCCGCUGUCGGAAGCCUGGAAGACCGGUGCCUCUUCUUGGACUGCUGCCCAACGCGAGGACUUCGCCAACGACCUCGACAACCCCCAGCUGUGGGCCGUUACUGACAACGUGAACCAAUCCAAGAGCGACCAGUCUCCUGACGCAUGGAAGCCUCCGUUGGCUUCAUUCUACUGCACCUAUGCCAGGGCCUGGAUCAAGGUGAAGUCCGUGUACGACUUGACCAUUACCUCGGCGGAGAAGAGCGCGCUUGAGGAUAUGCUGGACACGUGCUGA